AUGGGAUCAGAUCUUAGGAUAGUAGAAGUUGGCAAUGAUAUCCUCCAUUUUAAGUUCAACUCUAAAUACCAAAUGGAAUGGGUGGAGAAGAAUGGACCGUGGAACUUUGAUAACAAUCUUCUAUUGUUAUGCUGGUGGAGAAAAGGAUUAACAGCUGCAAACAUUAGCUUCUCUCACUCACCGUUUUGGGUUCAAAUUUGGGGCAUCCCGUUUGAGCUUAUGAUAGAGGAAAUGGGGAAAGCUGUUGGGGAUAAGAUAGGCAAGCUUCUUGAAGUUAAUAAGAGAUCUUGGCAGUUAGAUCAGGUGAAGUAUAUGAGGGUCAAAGUGGAAAUACCUUUAAACAAGCCAUUACAAAGAGGUGGAUAUUUGCUGAAUGGAGAAGGAGAGAAGGUGUGGGUUACCUUCAAAUAUGAAAGGCUACCAACUGUAUGUUACAAGUGUGGAAUAUUGGGACAUGAUGAUAGGCAUUGCGAAGAGCUGGGACUGGAGCAAGUGACAGAGUACCAGUACGACGACUGGAUAAGAGCUAAUGACAGCUCUAGAGGUGGGCCGGAGAGGAUGAAAUUAAGAAAAGAAAUGCAACACCAGCCAAGUACUUUGGGACGAACGGUAGAACAACCAUCAAUGGCGGAGAAUGCCAUGUUUGGUAGCGGCGGAGGAAGUGGGCAGAACGACGGUGCCAGGGGUGCAGAGAAGUAG